UACAGACUGUAGUUUCAGGGUCACAGCCACACUCAGGGCAGGUCAAAGAGCAACACUGUCUCAGUACUUACUCAGCCACCACCAUGGGGAAUUGCAGCCAGGGAUGCAAAGACUAUUUCUCUCGGCAAAAGAACACCAACAUCCGUCUUACACUGCCGGUAGUCUGCUUCGUCUGGCAGAUUGCCAUGAUCAUCCUCUUCGGAGUCUUCAUCCGCUACGACAAGGAGUCGAACGCACACUGGGUAGAGACCAAGGCCCAUGACAACAUCACCAGCGACAUAGAGAAUGACUUCUACUUCAGAUACCCCAGCUUCCAGGAUGUCCAUGUGAUGAUUUUUGUGGGUUUUGGGUUCCUCAUGACUUUCUUGAAGAGGUACAGCUUCGGUGCGGUCGGCUUCAACUUCCUCAUUGCCUCCUUCGGCCUGCAGUGGGCUCUGCUAAUGCAAGGCUGGUUCCACUCUCUAGACCCCCAGACAGGAAAGAUCUUCAUCGGUGUUGAAAGUCUGAUCAAUGCUGACUUCUGUGUGGCGGGCUGUCUCAUAGCCUACGGGGCAGUGCUGGGCAAAGUCAGCCCGGUCCAGCUGUUGGUUAUGACCCUGUUUGGUGUCACUCUGUUCGCUGUGGAAGAGUACAUCAUUCUGAACUUACUUCAUGCUAGGGAUGCCGGUGGCUCCAUGGUUAUUCACACCUUUGGAGGUUAUUAUGGUCUGGCCAUCUCCCGGGUCCUUUACCGACCUAAUUUACACCAGAGCAAGCGUAUGCAGGGCUCUGUGUACCACUCCGAUACCUUCGCCAUGAUUGGCACACUGUUCCUGUGGAUGUUCUGGCCCAGUUUCAACUCGGCCAUUACUGACCAUGGAGACGGUCAGCACAGGGCUGUCAUCAACACCUACCUGUGCCUGGCCUCCACUGUCCUCACCACAGUGGCCAUCUCCAGCCUCUCCCAGAAGACUGGCAAGCUCGACAUGGUGCAUAUCCAGAAUUCCACCCUGGCGGGGGGUGUUGCCUUGGGGACAGCGGCUGAGUUUAUGAUCUCUCCCUACGGCGCUCUGAUCGUGGGCUUCUUCUGCGGCAUCAUCUCUACCAUGGGCUACAUCUUCAUUUCUCCCUUCUUGGAGAAGACACUGAAGAUUCAGGACACGUGUGGAAUACACAACCUGCACGCCAUGCCUGGGGUGAUUGGCGGGAUAGUUGGAGCCAUCACUGCUGCAGCUGCCAGCGAGUCAGUCUACGGAAAGCAGGGGUUGAUCAACACGUUUGACUUCACUGGAGACUUUAAGGACAGAACUGUGUUAACUCAGGGUGGAUACCAGGCCGCUGGCAUGUGUGUGUCCAUCGUCUUCGGGGUUGUAGGCGGAGCUAUAGUCGGUUCCAUCCUGAAGUUACCCAUUUGGGGUGAUCCUGCUGAUGAGAACUGCUUCGAUGAUGAGGUGUACUGGGAGCUCCCUGAUGAAGAGGAGGAGCAUCAGGAGAGUAUCCCUCCCAUUCUGGAGUACAACAACCACAUGAUCCACAAGCAGCAAGACCUAUCUGAGUCCAACUUCUCUGUGGAACACUGUGAAAGCUAAAUACAGAGGUGUGAGGACCCCACUACCCAAAGACGUGCUGCUGGACCACGGAAUUACCACAGAAAUCCAACAGACAACCGCACUCCCCUUAAAUGAAGGCACCUAUACAAGGAACAUUAAAACGUGCUUUCUUGCAUCUUAUGUUAAGGUCAUUACCUACAUUUGAAGCCAUUAGAUACUGUACGUGCCUUCAGCCCUCCCCCCACCACCCACACCAUUAGAUCACAUACACUUCCUAGAUGGUUAUGCACUGACACGGAACACUGUGUCCUGAAUUCUGGUAAAAUGCUGAUCUAUUGAAAGGACCUCUAAGAUCUGCACUUAAUCCACAGUAUGUAUGUGCAACUAUAACCUACUACACAAAAUGGCCAAUAGAGCUUUUCCUGAGUAUUGGUAUACUGUGUAAUAUGUUUUAUAUAUAUAUAUAUAUAUAGUUGAUAUAUAUAUAUAAUCACACACUGUGAAAUCUUUGACCACAACCACAGAAUUGAAUGAGGUUGAGGAAAGGAUUUUUUUAUGAAAUUACUUUGACCAAUCCUCAUUCUGUGGCCUUGUAUGUUGUACAUUUUCUUCCCAUUUUCUUUUCAGAUCAUUUUUUAUUUUAAUACAGCUGGUGCAUAUGUGAAGAGGACUGUAGUUUACUUUUAGUUAAAAGUGAAUAUUUUGUCUAUUGUGCUCUGAAAAACCCCCAAAUGGUUUUGUUCUUUUUUCACAAUGCAGGAGUACCCUUUGAGUCCCCAAUGUGAUCAUUUUCUUUGGUUAAAUACUUUAAAUGUACUUCUACAACUUAUCACUGACUCUUUGUUUGGGAUAACGAUUUAAACUUUACUUGAACGUUUUUGGUAACAUAAUGCAUUUAAACAGCUUUUAAAGCUACGUUUAUGCCAACACAUUUUCAUCGCUAUCUGCAAUGAUUGAAUGUAUCCCCUGCCUUCUGAGAAGCCCUCUGUCUUCCACCUGUUAAUUAUGUUUUUACUGUGCUGUCUGAGUGACAAAAGUUAUUUAGAUGUUUUAUGUAAAUCUCAUUCUAUACUCAAAAUCAUGUUUAUUUAAAUGUUGCUACUCAUGUAACUUAACAAAUAAAAUGUGAUGUUAGAUA